AUGUUUGACGAAGAAGAGAAAGAACCUUUGGUAAUAUUUGAAUGCUUGAUGGCAGCUGAUGAAUUAUUAUUGGACGAGUUUAUUGAUUACACACAAACGUUAUUACUAAAUAAACAUAUCCAAUGGCUUAAAGACAACCUUCCCAUAAUCUUCCGUAUUACUUUUAACACAAAUGCAUUAAAGAAAUUACAAGAUUUCUGUUUAGAUCGUAUUCGCAAAUAUCCUAAUCUGUUAUUUGACUCGGAUGAAUUUUUAUUAUUGCCAGAAGAUUGCUUGGAACAAUUAUUAAAGGAUGAUGAAUUAGAAAUGGAAGAAAUGGUGAUUUGGGAAAAAUUGGUACAAUGGG